ACCCAGCUCUGCUUUAAAAGCCACCUUCACUCCUCCCCACGCACCACGCCAUCGCCGAGAGCAAACAGAGAUCAGCGUCCAUGGCGGAAGAAGACUUCAUCGACAUCGACUUCGCUUCCUUUCAGCCGGAGUUCGAAUUCCAUAUGACCUCCGACGACCCACCCCUGCCCUCCCCCGCCGACGAGCUCUUCUACAAGGGCAAGCUCCUCCCCCUCCAGCUCCCCCCUCGCCUCCAAAUGGUCCAGCAGCUCCUCCGCAACGCCUCCUCCUCCGCCACCGCAACGCCAUACCACUCCUGCAACGUCAGCUGUGAGCUCAAUCCCGAGGAAGAGGACUACUUCCAGGACAGCUUCGCCGAGCUCAACCCCAAGAAAUCAUGGGCCAAGAAGCUCAAGGAGGCCACUCUCAGCCUCAAAGUCAAAGCUUCCAGAUCUUAUUUCAAAUCCCUGUUCCACAAACCUCGACCCACAAAUGACAAAUUGGAAGGCCCAAAAACCUCGAGGCGCCGUCAAAAUCCAAACAUGGCGGAAGACGAGAGCUGGAGCAAGUCCUCCGCCGCUUCUUCCAAAUCAUCGUCCUUCUCCAGCGAGUUCAGCGGCGGUAAGUCCAUGCUGAGGCGGAGCAGCAGCGCGAGCUCCGACGCGGAGACCUCGAUCCAGGGGGCGAUCGCCUACUGCAAGAAGAGUAGUCAACGUGCGUUUGACUCCGGUCAUUCCGCUGCCAGGAAGAGCGCGAGCAAUGCCGGCUUCCACUUGCUCUCCGCUUCCAGAAUUGCACCAAACUGUGAUCAGGCGAAGCCUCCGAGUUAGAUUUGCCCCCCUUUUGCCUUGUUGUUCUUCUUCUCAUGGGAAAGAAAGAAAAAAGUUUCUGUAAACAAAGAACAGAGGACGCAGAGUUCGAAGGUUGACUUUUUGUGUCUUCCUCGCUUAAUUUUGUCUUCAUGCAUGUUCUCUGGAGCUGAUGGAGACAAAAGCAUGAUCAUGGUGCUGGCAAUAAUUGCAGAAACCCACCGAAGAACAAAUUGAUUCCUUGAUUGGAAUGCAGGAUAUGGAAAAAUAUUUGAGGUGUAGACAAAUAAUCCAUAAACUAAGCAAAGGUGUCUAAAGAGGAACUAAAGAAAACCAGAGCAACCUACUUGGAGUGAGAUGCUGUGGAGCAUUUGCCUGCUUUAUUUAUUUUGCAUUAGAUAGACAUCAAUGAUGAGUAUAGUCAAAUCUCUAACCUUUUAGGCUUUCUUAUGACUUAAUUUUAAAUUUAUUUUCAAUGUUUUUAUGGGUCACAAAUGCAUCAG